AUGAUUAAACAACAGCAACCACAACAACUUAUUACAUACGCCAUAUAUGCAUAUAAUUCAAAGACGGCAGAACAAACGCAAAGGUUGAAAUAUGGAGAUUUGGAGAUAGUAUUGAAAAAUGACCAUUUCGAAUUCGUUUGCAAAGGCGGUGCAGUGAUAUCAAAUAUAAAAGAAAUUUUAUUUAUGAAUUCAAAAAUUAAAGGAAUAACGGAUGAUAUAACAUCAAUUCCACCAGAAGAACAGAGAUAUUACGCAUUAAAUGCAUUUCCUAAAGUUUUGAAGAUUGGAAGAUUUAAUUUAAAUGAGGAAUUCAUAGAAGGUUUCCUAAACGACAUAAUGAAGAAAGCAGAUAAGGAAUAUGUGGAUAGUGAGUUAAUGAAGAAAGCAGAUAAGGAAUAUGUGGAUAGUGAAUUAAAUAAGAAGGUAGAUAAGGAAUAUGUGGAUAGUGAGUUAAUGAAGAAAGCAAAUUUGGUUUAUGUGGAUAGUGAGUUAAUGAAGAAGGUGGAUAAGGAAUAUGUGGAUAGUGAAUUAAUGAAGAAGGCAAAUUUGGUUUAUGUUGAUGAAAAAGAUAAUGAAAUUAAAGAAAAGGUUGAAUGGUAUCAUGAAUGGACAUCGGAGACUUUUAAAGUUAAAGCUGAUACAGGAUGGGUUUCAGGAUGUUUAGACCUUAAAGCAGAUAAAACUUAUGUUAACGAUGAGUUAGAGAAGAAGGCGGAUAAGGAAUGGACAUCGGAGACUUUUAAAGUUAAAGCUGAUACAGGAUGGGUUUCAGGAUGUUUAGACCUUAAAGCAGAUAAAACUUAUGUUAACGAUGAGUUAGAGAAGAAGGCGGAUAAGGAAUGGACAUCGGAGACUUUUAAAGUUAAAGCUGAUACAGGAUGGGUUUCAGGAUGUUUAGACCUUAAAGCAGAUAAAACUUAUGUUAACGAUGAGUUAGAGAAGAAGGCGGAUAAGGAAUGGACAUCGGAGACUUUUAAAGUUAAAGCUGAUACAGGAUGGGUUUCAGGAUGUUUAGACCUUAAAGCAGAUAAAACUUAUGUUGAUGAAAAUUAUGCAAAGAAGUCGGAAGUAAAUGAUGUGAUUACAAACAUGAAAAAUGAAAUACUUCAAACAUUAUAUCCUGUUGGUUUUAUUUAUACGUCAAUGAAUUCAACAAAUCCAGCAACAGUUUUAGGUUUUGGUACGUGGAAGCAGAUUGUAGAUAAAUUCUUAUACUGUGCUAGAUAUUCAAAGCAAACAGGAGGUUCGAAGAAAAUUAAAGAAGCAAACCUUCCACCGCACACUCAUACAGGAACUACAAACUUUUCUGGCGACCAUAGCCACUCAUUAAGAGACCACCCAUUAUACAACUCAGACUAUGAAGCUGGCAAUGAUGUUUUAUCUCCAGCUUAUAACGAUUCAACAAAAAAGACUUUUCGACAAACUGAACCAGGAGGAAAUCAUGUCCAUACUUUCACAACAAAUCCAACAGGCUUGGGUAAAGAUUACAUGCCACCAUUUGUGACUAUAUUCGCAUGGUAUAGAGUUCAAUGA